GGUUUCGUCGUCAUCUCUCUCUCUCUCUUUCUAGCCCGAGUCGAUAUCUCAUCACUCUCACCGCACGAGUAAAAGGGGCCCUCGACGCCUCGCCGCCACGGAGACGCGCGACCAAAAACCCUAGCGCGAGAGAGCGAGCGAGAGAGGCAGGGACCUCAGUAUUUACUUCGCGCAGGGGGGCUAGGGUUUGGUCCCGCGGCGCGGCAUGGAGAGCCUCGUCCUCGCCUCCGCGUACUCCGCGUCCCCGCGCCUCCCCCACCUCUCCGCCGCCGCGGCCCGCGUCCGCCGGACCUCGCCGCCUCUCCCCGCUGCGUUCGCUGGCGCCGGGCGUCGGGGGACCAGGAGGACGAGGCUUGUCGUCACCGCGGCGGCGCCUCGCGGAUCCAGGAACGUUUUCGAAGAAAUGAGCGCAAAGGGCUUCGCAAGCGUGUCGUCUUCGACCAGCAGUGAGAAUAUGUCUACCGGAACUGGUACCCUGCCUCCCGUGCCUCCCCCGUCAUCAUACAUAGGUUCACCUGUCUUCUGGAUUGGAGUUGGCGUAGCAUUGUCUGUGGCGUUUUCAAUGGUAUCUUCAAUGGUAAAGAGAUACGCCAUGCAACAAGCAUUUAAGUCAAUGAUGACCCAGGCACCACCAAACACUUUCAGCUCCAACUCGCCUUUCCCAUUUGCCAUGCCACCACAAGCAGCUCCCACUGCCCCAAGCAGUUACCCAUACUCAGAACAAAAGAUAGAUACCUCCCCUCAGGCUGCAACUGUUGAUGUUUCAGCCACUGAAGUGGAAGCUGCUGGAACUUCGGAAGAGGCAGAUGUGGCUGAAACAUCGAAGCCUUCAAAGAAAUUUGCCUUUGUUGAUGUUUCUCCUGAAGAGUUGCAGCAAAAGGAACUCCAAUCUUCACUUGAGACAGUAGAUGUAAAACGUGACAGUGAAAGUAAGGAGGAUACUGAACAAAAAGUUCCCACUAAUGGAUCUGCUUUUAAGCCGAAUGAAGAUGCUGCUCGCGGGCCAACUGAAUCUAGUAAUUCGGGACCUGUGCUAUCUAUUGAAACAAUCGAGAAAAUGAUGGAAGAUCCAGCUGUGCAGAAGAUGGUUUUUCCUUACUUGCCAGAAGAGAUGAGGAACCCAGAUUCAUUCAAGUGGAUGCUGCAGAAUCCAAUGUACCGCCAACAAUUACAGGAUAUGCUAAAUAACAUGGGUGGAUCUCCUGAUCAAUGGGAUAACCGCAUGCUCGAUCACUUGAAGAACUUUGACCUUAGCAGCCCAGAAGUGAGGCAGCAAUUUGCGCAAGUUGGCAUGACUCCAGAGGAAGUAGUAUCGAAAAUAAUGGCAAACCCAGAAGUUGCUGUUGCAUUCCAGAAUCCAAAAAUCCAAACAGCCAUCAUGGAUUGCUCGCAGAACCCUCUUAAUAUUGUAAAAUACCAAAAUGACAAAGAGGUCAUGGAUGUUUUCAUGAAGAUAUCACAAAUCUUCCCGCAAAUUAACGGCUAGUCGAUCUACACCAUGAGAUUGCAAUUAUGAUUUGUGUCCUUACGGCUGCGGCAGCAUCUGUUGACUGGCUGAGUCAAGAAAAGGAAUUGUCUGUUGACUCUUGCGCCAAAGAUGUAUCCCUUGAUGUCUAGUUUCUCAUCGUUUUGGUGUGGGUAUGACCCCUGCAAGAGUAGCCAACGUAGCAAAAUCAAGAUUUUUAUUUAGGGCAACGCCCGGUACAAAUGUGUAGUUUCGGUGCUUUCUCAAGGCAUGAUUUGUCGUAUGAUGUGAAGAAGCUGAGACAUUCCGUAGGACCUCAAUUUUGAUAUAUUAUGUAAUAUAUUAGCGUAACCAUGGCAAUGCAAAUGAAUUUGUUUCGGCA